AUGCUGAAGUUGGGAUUUAUGAUUUCGGUCCAGAGUAUCACUCCCGAGCACAAUCAGACUGAACCUACCUUCUUCAUCGGAAACAAAUCGCUUACCGAGAGAUAUUUGGCUUCAUGGCUUCGACCGUCACAAUCACAGUUUUCCCAAUCGAAGAAGCCAAAUCGUGUGCAGUAUCUUCAGACCGCAAACAAGAAAGAAACCCAGGAUGCUCUUGUCACAAAUGCAGGGCACGGUGGCAGGGCACGAAGGCUUGAUAUAAUUCCACCAGGUCCUCCAGUUGAAGACCCGCUCUGGCGAGAAAAGAAUCACAUGGCCGGUGUGCACUUAGAAUCUUCGACAAAUUGGGCAUCGGCGACGGUGUAA